CCUCCUGGUACAUUUCCAUGUCGGUCUCCCAUUGUUGCUCAUACGGAACGGGCUGCUCGCGAACUGAGUUUCGUCGCCACCGCUCCCUGGCACCGCUGCCCCUUACUUCUCCAAGAAUAUCUCCAGUACUCCGGUAUUCUUCGGCCUCCUCAGGGUCUUCCUCAAUGAUAUCGUCUGUCCAGCCCGUCAUUAUUUCCCAUCGUCCCGCACCUUUAUUCCCAAAUCCCAAGAACAUACCAGCCCAUCCCUCGCACCACUGUAAAGGAUCCCCUCUGGGCUACUACGUCCAACGAGUUGCGUGGAGGUGUCGAGUGCAAGACAUGCUACGCCCAAACGGUGUCGAGGAUGUUGAGCCCAUUUGGGAGUAUCCUCAUCCUGGAGACCAUUAGUCGAUCGAAUAAGCAGCGGACUUAUGGAACCAUGUCGAGGAACACCAUGAGGGGGAAGCUGUAGGCGAGGCGGUGGUUCAGUUGAAGGCGGAAUCACAUAGGAAACUCGCCGUCGAGACGAGAGUGCCAUGCACUAGGUACUAGAGCGUUGAAAUGCCCUUGAGAGCGUUCCGUGACGAUAUGAAUAUUGAUUAUCGC